GAUCAUUAUCAGGGUUCGUUCGAAAGCUUACGUGCGCUAGCUUCAAUUACUUGUUGAUCUUCAAAGCAACUUAAAACAAAAAACAAAUCAAAAUGUUCGUAUCAAGAGUCUCCCGUAUUGCCCCCGUUGCCAGGACCGCUCUCCUUAACGGCUCCAAGCAAUACUUGCGACCAUUGAGCAGCGCAGUCAUUAGCCAAAGCCAAACCUUGGCCGCUCAGAACACAACCCCCGUUGCUUUACUGCCACAAAUCAGGUCAUUCCAGACCUCCCCCGUCACACGUGACAUUGAUUCAGCUGCCAAAUUCAUUGGUGCUGGUGCUGCAACAGUCGGUGUAGCUGGUUCCGGUGCCGGUAUCGGAUCAGUAUUCGGUUCCCUCAUCAUUGGUUAUGCCAGAAAUCCAUCAUUGAAACAACAAUUGUUCUCCUACGCUAUCUUGGUUUUCGCCCUUUCUGAAGAUAUGGGUCUUUCCUGUCUUAUGAUGGCCUUCUUGCUCCUCUUCGCUUUCUAAAAAGUGUAUUUGUGUCCUAAGAAGACUUUAAAACUUAAAAAUAUAAUACAAACAACAAAAAUAACAUCUGUACCACAACAACAACAAA